AUGGGUUUUAACCUAGAAAAGGUCUGGGUCCAUCCCUAUGUACGUUACACUUUCAGUUAUUUUUGUAGGUCAAUAGGUUUUUGGUCUCGUCAUUACUGCCCGAAUGACAUGCAUUUUGAAUACAGCUCUCAGCAGUGUACAACAGACAGUCUUCCACCAAAUACAGUUAGAGAAGCAAAUGAUCUAUUACAACUAGCAAUUUUAAAUGGAAGUUGUGCACAUGGAGAACAAUGCAUUGGUGGAACGGUUUGUGAUCCUGUUCAACAGCGAUGUCUUUGUCCUUAUGGAACUGUUGCUUUGUUGGAAAAUCUAUUCUGUGCAAAAUUGAUUCCACCGGUGGGCACUACCCUUCAGCAACAAUUUUCGUAUGGCGGUCAAUACUAUUCUUCACAAGUUCCAUUAUCUUCACAGGGAACUUCAACAUCAUCUCCUCUUAAUUCUUUAGUCCCUAUCGGUUCAUAUUGUGAUCAAGAAGGAACAUGUGAUGGAGGGUCUACAUGUGUCAAUUCUGUUUGUGUCUGUCCUGCAAAAACAAAAAAUAAUGGAAAUAAUUGUACAACUUCAUUAUCAAAUUUUUCAAAUAUUCCUUCUUCAACUUCUGGACAGCAACAAUUAACAAAGGAAUUGUUUGGUCAAAAAACGUUUUUUAGAGCCAAACUGGGCGAACAAUGCAACGAAUAUUUAGGCCUUUUCUGUGCUGAUCAAGGCUCGUUAUGCUUUAAUGGUUAUUGCCAAUGCAUUCCUCCAAUGAUUGAACAACAAGGACAAUGUCAGAUGCCUCCAACUAGGGAAGCUGGUCCUGGAGAGCUCUGCAAUUCUGGACAAGUCUGUGUGGGAGGUUCUGUAUGUAAUCAACAAGUUCCACUGUGUGUGUGCCCCAAAGAAACUGAACUGGUCAAGGGAAGAUGUGUGGAAAGGAACUUGGAAAGGGCUUCUAAAGAAGAAAAAAUUGAAGAAAAGGUUAAAUUUUUGUUUGAAAAAAAAAUUUAA